AUGUCAACAACAAGUUUGAUCAAAUACUUGUAUUACUUUACAGUAAUGGAGACUGCUGCAAAUGUUGAGAGAGUCGCUGCUGCAUCAUCACAAGUGCCUCAAGAAGCUGAUACCAAUGCUAAUGAUCUUAAAUCCCUAAUCUUUGUGGAGCAGAAUUCAAGUAAAGCUCUGGAGAAACAAGAGCUUCAAGCCCCUCAGGAGCCAGUUUAUCCAUCAACCGAGUUUUGGGAGCAGCUUUUGAGUACUUUGGGUCAGAUUAAGAGUAAUACAGGUCAGAUUAAUAGUAAUAUAGGUCAGAUUAAUACUAAUAUAGGUCAGAUUAAGAGUAAUACAGACCAGAUGGUCAAACUAAUGACUGAUGGACAUGGAGGUGAUAAUGAAGAAUCAGAGAACCUGCAUGAUCAGAUUUAACUCAUGGACAUCAAAGGCAGCGAAGAAGAUACAUUAGAUGAUUGACAGAGAAAUGGGAUUCUCACAUUAGCAUAGUUUUUGAUUAUGCUUAAAUUUGGUAUGAUGCUUUAAUUUGGGGUGCCAUCAUCCUAUUAUAUAUUUUUCAUAUAAUAAAAGAGACUUUUCUAGUUUCUGUGCAAAA